UUGUAAAGGGUAUCAACACUUCUCCUCUACAAUUUUUCUAGUGUCACUAUAUCCUUUUAUUUUCCAAGUCUUUAGUAAAAUGGGUCUAAAAUCUGUGUUGAGUGCCAAGCUAGAAAUAAAGGCUAACAAGGAUGUACUUCAUGAUAUCUUCACACAUAAACCACACCAUGUCUCUACUAUGAGCCCUUUGCAUGUACAAGAUUGUGAGCUUCUUCAGGGUACCUUUGGAACGGUUGGAUCCAAAAUUAUUUGGAAGUAUACCCUUGAAGGGAAAAAGAGGAUUUCGAAGCAGGUAAUCGAAGAUAUAGAUCAUGAAAAAAAGGUGCUCGUAUUGAAAGAAUUUGAAGGUGAUCUAGUUGAUGAAUAUGAUAACUGGAAGAUAAUUCUUCAUAUCGAACCAAAAGGCGAAAUCGAUUUGGUAUGCUGGACAAUGGAGUAUGAAAGGCCAAAUGAAAAUGCCCCUGAACUAAUAAAUUUGUUGGACUUCAUGGUUGGUAUGACCAAAGCUAUUGAUGAUCACCAUGCCAAGGCGAAUUGAUGAAAUCAUAUAUAUAUAUAUAUAUAUAUAUAUAUAUAUAGUUGCUUUGUUUGUUGUUUGAGAGUAUGGUAAGCAAUAUAUAAAUAAUUGCUUUGUUUGUUGUUUGAGAGUAUGGUAAGAAAUAAUCCAUGUUGGUUGUGUACGUUUUAUUUGGUCAUUUGAUGUUUGUUGUGUUUUCCCCCAUGUAAGAGAUACGUUAUCAACUAACGUUUCGACUAUGUAACCUUUGUGUUGUGUAAUAAGACAUGCAUGGGUAUGAAGUUUA